GCUGCCUGUCUGAAGGUCAGGGUUCUCCCUGUGGCAGAGGGCCUCAGCCCCCUCCUGUGGGUCCUUUUUGCGUCAGCCUCCUCUUAUGCAGCAUCCUCUGCUGGCACUCCCCACCAUGCUGUACCUGGCACGACUUUGCCAGGCCUCUGGGGCAGGGCUGAGUGGGGGAGGGGGAGAAGGUCCUCUGCAUGGGAUGCCUUUGUCAGCGUCUCCUCUGCCCCCAGCCUGAACAAAGGCAGGCAUUGAGGACCCAGACUGGCACUUCAGCCAGGCACCAAGGCUACUGAGGCCAAGACUGGCAUUUACAGGGGUUCAGUGCCUCUGACUCUGUCAUGAGGGCUCUGAAGUCCACCUCAUGCCCUUCACAGGGAUCCAGGGGAACUCAAGGACAAUGCCCUCCACAUCCAUCUUGUGCCCAUCAUCAAUGCCUCAGGGCAGCUGAACUGAAGAGAUGUGGCACGCUGCUCAGGAGACCCCACUGCUUCGCUCCUUGCUGGUGGUUCCUGGAAUGGCUGCCUGGCCUUCCUACUACCUCCAUCUCCUGCUGCUGCUACUGUCCCCAACACCACGGCCCUUGACAGGGGCCCAUCACUUCUCUGCACCCAACACCACCUUCAACCACCUGGCACUGGCACCUGGCCAGGGCUCGCUCUAUGUGGGCGCAGUGAACCGCCUCUUCCAGCUCAGCCUAGAACUGCAGCUUGAGGCUGUGGCUGUCACAGGCCCUGUCAUCGACAGUCCUGACUGCGUGCCUUUCCGUGACCCAGCUGAGUGUCCGCAGGCCCGGCUUACUGAUAAUGCCAACCAGCUCUUGUUGGUGAGCAGCAGGGCCCAGGAGUUGGUGGCCUGUGGGCAGGUGAGGCAGGGUGUAUGUGAGAAGCGGCGCCUUGGGGAUGUAACCGAGGUGCUGUACCAGGCUGAGGACCCCGGUGAUGGGCAAUUUGUGGCUGCCAAUACUCCAGGAGUGGCCACAGUGGGCCUGGUGGUGCCCUUGCCAGGCCGGGACCUUCUGCUGGUGGCUAGAGGCCUGGCAGGCAAACUGUCGGCCGGGGUGCCACCUUUGACAGUACGCCAGCUGGCUGGGCCACAGCCCUUCUCCAGUGAGGGCCUGGGCCGCCUGGUGGUGGGUGACUUUUCUGACUACAACAACAGCUACGUGGGGGCCUUUGCUGACACCCACUCUGCCUACUUCAUCUUCCGCCGCCGUGGGGCCCGAGCCCAGGCCGAGUACCGCUCCUAUGUGGCCCGCAUCUGCCUGGGGGAUGCCAACCUUUACUCCUACGUGGAAGUGCCCCUUGCAUGCCGGGGCCAGGGCCUCAUUCAGGCUGCCUUCCUCGCCCCGGACACCUUGUUAGGGGCAUUUGCCACAGGCUCAAGGGGGGCCCAGGCGGCCUUGUGUGCCUUUCCCCUGGCUGAGCUGGAUGGGAGCAUGGAGCAGGCCCGGCGACUUUGCUAUACGGCAAGUGGUCAAGGACCCAGCGGCAUGGAGGAAGCCACCGUGGAGUAUGGUGUCACAUCUCGCUGUGUCACCCUGCCUGCUGACUCCCCUGAGUCAUACCCCUGUGGCGAUGAGCACACCCCCAGCCCCAUUGCUGGCCGCCAGCCCCUGGAGGCGCAACCUCUGCUACAGCUCGGACAUCCCAUCAGCGCUAUAGCAGCCCUCCAGGCAGAUGGGCAUAUGAUAGCCUUCCUGGGGGACACCCAAGGCCAGCUACAUAAGGUCUUUCUCAACAGCUCCCAAGGCCAGGUGUAUCACUCCCAGCAAGUGGGGCCUCCUGGCUCACCCAUCAGUCCAGACCUGCUGGUGGACAGCAAUGGUGGCCACCUCUAUGUCCUGACCGCCCAACAGGUUAACAAGGUACCCGUGGCAGCCUGCCCUCAGUUCCCCAAUUGCACCAGCUGCCUCCAGGCCCGGGACCCUCUAUGUGGCUGGUGCAUUCUACAGGGCAGGUGCACCCGGAAAAGCCAAUGCAGGAGGGCAGCCCAGCCGAACCAGUGGCUAUGGAGCUACGAGGAGGACAGCCACUGCCUCCACAUCCAGAGCCUGCUGCCAGCCCACCACCCACGCCAGGAGCAGGGCCAGGUCACAUUGUCUGUCCCCCGGCUGCCCAUGCUGGCUGUGGAUGAAUAUUUCCAUUGUGCUUUUGGGGACUAUGAUAGCUUGGCUCAUGUGGAAGGGCCCCAUGUGGCCUGUGUCACCCCUCCCCAAGACCAGGUGCCUCUUAACCCUCCAGGCACAGACCACAUCACCUUGCCCUUGGCCCUGAUGUUUGAAGAUGUGGCCGUGGCUGCCACCAACUUCUCCUUCUACGACUGCAGUGCUGUCCAGGCCUUGGAGGUGGCUGCCCCGUGUCAUGCCUGUGUGAGCAGCCUUUGGCGGUGCCACUGGUGCCCCCAGAGCAGCCACUGUGUACACGGGGAACAGUGCCCAGAGGGUGAGAGGACAGUCUACAGUGCCCAGGAGAUGGACAUCCAGGGGCAUGGACCGGAGGCUUGCCCCCAGGUGGUAGGGCUGGCAGGUCCCCACUUGGUACCUGUGGGCUGGGAGAGCCAUUUGGCCCUGCACGUGCAGAACCUUCAGUAUUUCCGAGGCCUAUCUGCCACCUACCACUGCUGGCUGGAGCUGCCUGGAACACUGCAGAGGCUGCCGGCCUCCCUGGAGGAGACAGCUGCAGACACUGGCCUCAUUCACUGCCAGGCCCAGCAGUUCCACCCCUCCAUGUCCCAGCGGGAGCUCCCAGUGCCCAUCUACGUCACUAGGGGCGAGGUCCAGCGGCUGGACAAUGCCCAUGCUCUUCAUGUGAUCCUGUAUGACUGUGCUGUGGGCCACCCUGACUGUAGCCACUGCCAGGCAGCCAAUGGGAGCCUGGGCUGCCUGUGGUGUGGUGAUGGUCAGCCUACUUGUCGUUAUGGGCCCCUGUGCCCACCAGGAGCUGUGGAGCUACUGUGUCCCAUGCCUAGCAUUUAUAUGAUUGAGCCUCUGACUGGCCCCACAGAGGGUGGCUUGGCCCUCACCAUUCUGGGCUCCAACCUGGGUCGGGCCUUUGCUGAUGUGCAAGAUGCUGUGAGUGUGGCCGGCCAGCCCUGCAGCCCCGACCCCGCUCUCUACCGUACCUCUACCCGGAUUGUGUGUGUGACAUCUCCUGCCCCUAAUGGCACCACUGGGCCGGUCCAAGUGGCCAUUAAGAGUCGGUCACCAGGCAUCUCAAUCCAGCACUUCACCUACCAGGAUCCUGUCCUGCUGAGCCUGAGUCCGCGGUGGGGCCCUCAAGCAGGGGGCACCCAGCUCACCAUCCAUGGGCAGCACCUCCAGACAGGAGGCAACAUCACCGCCUUUGUGGGUGGCCAACCCUGUCCUAUCCAGGAGCCAGUGUGUCCUAAGACCAUUGUGUGCCGCACCAUGCCCCAGGCCACACCAGGAGAAGCAAUGGUCCUUGUGGUCUUUGGCCAUGCUGAGCGCAAACUACUCAGCAGCCCCUUCCGCUACACUGCCAACCCCCAGCUUGUGGCAGCAGAGCCCAGUGUCAGCUUCCGGGGGGGCGGGCGGCUGAUCCAUGUCCGGGGCACAGGCCUGGAUGUGGUGUGGCAGCCCCUGCUGUCCGUGUGGCUGGAGGCCGAAGCAGAGGUAAAGGCUUUGGGGGCUCAGCCCCAGGACCUGAACCCAAGGAGGAGCUGUGAAGCCCCUGCUGCAGAACCCCAGACUUGUAUCCAGCUUGGGGGAGGCUUGCUACAGUGUUCCACCAUCUGCUCUGUCAACUCGUCCGGCCUCCUCCUGUGCCGUAGCCCUGCUGUACCAGAUGGGGCCCACCCAAAGCGGGUAUUCUUCACCCUGGACAAUGUGCAGGUGGACUUUGCUAGUGCCAGUGGGGGCCAGAGCUUUCUGUACCAGCCCAACCCCCGCCUGGCCCCACUCAGCCGUGAGGGACUCGCCCGCCCCUAUCGCCUCAAGCCGGGUCACAUCCUGGAUGUGGAGGGCGAGGGCCUCAACCUGGGAAUCAGCAAAGAGGAGGUACGUGUGCACAUUGGCGAUGGUGAGUGCCUGGUGAAGACGCUCACGCUCACCCACCUGUACUGUGAGCCACCCCCACACGCCCCUCAGCCCACCAACAGCUCCAGUGCCCUGCCGCAGUUUGUGGUACAGAUGGGCAACGUGCGCCUGGCCCUGGGCCCCGUCCAGUAUGAAGCGGAGCCCACCAUGUCUACCUUCCCUGUGGAGGCCCAGGUGGGCCUGGGCAUGGGUGCUGCCGUGCUGAUUGCCGCUGUGCUCCUCCUCACCCUCAUGUACAGGCACAAGAGCAAGCAGGCCCUGCGGGACUACCAGAAGGUGCUGGUACAGCUGGAGAACCUGGAGACAGGUGUGGGUGACCAGUGCCGCAAGGAGUUCACAGACCUGAUGACUGAGAUGACAGACCUCAGCAGCGACCUUGAGGCCAGCGGGAUCCCCUUCCUGGACUACCACACAUUCGCUGAGCGCGCCUUCUUUCCUGGCCAUGGUGGCUGCCCACUGCUUCCAGAACUCGAGGGGCUUGAGGAAGAAGGCCGCCGUGCCACUGUUCGCCAGGGCCUCACGCAGCUCUCCAACCUUCUCAACAGCAAACUCUUCCUCCUCACACUCAUCCGCACCCUGGAGGAGCAGCCUGGCUUCUCCCAGAGGGAUCGCUGCCACGUAGCUUCGCUCCUGUCCCUGGUGCUGCAUGGCAAGCUUGAAUACUUGACCGACAUCAUGAGGACUCUGCUUGGUGACCUGGCGGCUCAUUAUGUACACAAGAAUCCCAAGCUCAUGCUACGCAGGACAGAGACCAUGGUGGAGAAGCUGCUCACCAACUGGCUGUCCAUCUGUCUCUAUGCCUUCCUGAGGGAAGUGGCUGGUGAGCCACUGUACAUGCUCUUCCGCGCUAUCCAGUACCAGGUGGACAAGGGCCCUGUGGAUGCUGUGACAGGCAAGGCGAAACGGACCCUGAAUGACAGCCACCUGUUGCGGGAGGAUGUGGAAUUCCGGCCCUUGACACUGAUGGUGCUUGUGGGCCCUGGGGCUGGCGCGGCAGUAGGGAGCAGCGAGAUGCAGCGUUUGCCAGCCCGGGUGCUUGACACAGACACCAUCACCCAAGUCAAGGAGAAGGUGUUGGACCAAGUCUACAAAGGCACCCCCUUUUCCCAGAGGCCCUCAGUGCAUGCCCUAGACCUUGAGUGGCGCUCAGGCCUGGCUGGUCACCUAACCCUGUCAGACGAGGACUUGACCUCAGUGACUCAGAACCACUGGAAGAGACUCAAUACUCUUCAGCAUUACAAGGUCCCAGAUGGAGCAACAGUGGGGCUCAUCCCUCAGCUGCACAAUGGUGGCGCUGUUUCCCAGAGCCUGGCUCAGAAUUGCCCCUCAGGAGAAAACAUUCCCAUGCUGGAGGAUGGUGACGAUGGCGGGGUGCGCCUCUGGCACCUAGUGAAGGCCACCGAGGAGCCAGAAGGGGCCAAGGCACGGCGUAGCAGCCUCCGAGAACGGGAACGGGAACGGGCCCGGGCCAAGGCCAUCCCAGAAAUCUACCUCACCCGCCUGCUGUCCAUGAAGGGUACACUGCAGAAGUUUGUGGAUGACACCUUCCAAGCCAUUCUCAGCGUGAACCGGCCUGUGCCCAUUGCUGUCAAGUACCUGUUUGACUUCCUGGAUGAGCUGGCAGAAAAGCAUGGCAUUGAGGACCCAGAGACCCUGCACAUCUGGAAGACAAACAGCCUCCUGCUGCGGUUCUGGGUGAAUGCCUUGAAGAACCCACAACUGCUCUUUGACGUGCGGGUGUCGGACAACGUGGAUGCCAUCCUGGCCGUCAUUGCACAGACUUUCAUCGACUCCUGUACCCUCUCGGAGCAUAAAGUGGGCCGGGAUUCCCCAGUGAACAAACUGCUCUAUGCCCGGGAGAUCCCUCGCUAUAAGCAGAUGGUGGAGAAAUACUAUGCAGACAUUCGCCAGAGCCCUCCGGUGAGCUACCAGGAGAUGAACUCUGCUCUGGCUGAGCUUUCUGGGAACUACACCUCCGUUUCCCACUGUCUCGAGGCUCUACAGGAACUCUACAACCACAUCCACAGGUAUUAUGACCAGAUCAUCAGUGCCCUGGAGGAGGACCCGGUGGGCCAGAAGAUGCAGCUAGCCUGCCGCCUGCAGCAGGUUGCUGCCCUGGUGGAAAACAAAGUGACUGACCUGUGAGCUUAGAGAACACAUCACCACAGUACCUUAUGGUCCCUGAACCGAGCCAUUGACUGAGGAGGGCCUGCAGAACUUAGGUG